UCAUCGUGCCUUUAAUAAAACGAAUUGCAGCAUGGUACGAACUUUCAGUUAAACUAAAAGAUGUAGACAGAGUAGCCUGAAUAGCACCACUAGAAGAGGACAACCUUGCCCACGAGGUGGCUUCCGGGUUUAUUUUUACGAAUACUAGAUGAGUCAACGAUAAAGCAAACGCUAACGUGCUUUGUAGGCGAGAAUGGAUUGACGAACGAGAUUUAAGCAAAGACGGAGGUGAAGUACCGCACGCUACACUACGAGUUGGCCUUUUACAGGUUAUGGGAGAAGCAUCUCCGCCUGUCAGCAUGUGUAAUGUCUGUUGCAAACAUUCUCCUGGCACCCCCGGCACCCACACAAAGAACGGUGAAAACAACAACAACACCGCCAGCAACAGCAUCAACAUUUACAUCAACAACACGAACGAAGACAACUAUCACAAUCGCAACAUCAUGAGCAGUAAUCCCAAUUACUACCACAACAACGGCAACGGGUGA